AUGGACCCAAUGAUAUCAGUCAAGAGGUUUGGUAUCGUUGGAGGCUGUUUGUACUUGGAGAAAUAUCCUGAUUUCAUUGAAUUCUUACUAAAACUCAGUACUGUAGAAACAAUGAAGUUUUCAGAUCUCAUAAUCCAUGUGGCAAAUUGGCUCAAGAGCAAGGGGGAAUUUGGAUCACCAUCUAUUGAAUUGAUAUCAGAUCAGGAUUGGUCAGAUCUCAUGGUCAAAUUUGCUUUAGAGCUCAACAAACUGUAA